GACGAAGAGUUAUGAGUGGCGUAGAUCACAGCUCUUGGCGAUCGAGGCAAUGCUUCGUGCUGAGGAAGUCAAGAUCGCGGAGGCCCUCGCCAAGGACUUGAGACGACCCGAGGCGGAGUCGACACUGUAUGAUGUGACCGCAUCGCUGGCCGAGGUGCAGUAUGCGCUCUCCAACCUCCACAACUGGAUGAGACCCGAAAGUGUGUCGACUCCGACCUUCUUGCAGCCGGCGUCCUCAUGGAUCCGGAAAGAGCCGAAGGGGAUCGUCUACAUCAUCGCCCCUUACAACUUUCCCUUCUACCUGACCUUCGGACCUCUGAUCGCUUCGAUUUCGGCCGGAAACUGCGCCGUAAUCAAGCCGCCGGAGCAAUGCGAUGCCAGCUCAAAUCUGAUCAAGGAGCUUUGCGAGAAAUACCUCGACCAGGAUGCUUGCCGUGUCUAUCUCGGAGAAAUUCCUGAAGCCACUGAGCUCCUUUCUCGUCGCUGGGAUCAUAUCUUCUACACAGGCAACGGCCUCGUGGGGCGCAUAGUCAUGGAGGCGGCCGCCAAGCAUUUGUGUCCGGUCACGUUAGAGCUGGGCGGCAAAUCGCCCGUCGUCUUUGAUCGGGGAUUUUCAGCAAGCCAGCUGAAACUAGCUGCGAAACGGAUCGCCAACAUCGGUCUCUUUGUCAAUGCAGGCCAGCUUUGCAUCAGUCCUGACUACAUCUUGGUCCACAAGGAAGUGGCGAAGGAUCUCACUGAUGCCCUGAAGGAGGCUGUCGGCAUAAUGAAUCCCACACGCGACUCCACCGAACAUCUUGGCAGACUUGUGAACCGGAGGCACUAUGACCGCAUCAAGAAUAUGAUCGACACCUCUGGAGGGCAAGUUAUCUGCGGAGGAUCUGCUGCAGAGGCGGGGGCGGAUGCGGCGAAGUGUUUCGUGCCGCCGACCAUCAUCGCAAGCCCGGACUUGUCGUCUCCUGCGAUGGUCGAGGAGGCUUUUGGACCCAUGAUGUCCGUGGUGCCUGUGGAUGAUCUCGAUUCGGCCAUUGAGUUCAUCAACGACCGCGAGACACCACUGGCUCUGUACGUGUUCUCGCCGAGCAGUUCACGGGCAAAGUAUGUCAUCGACAGGACAAGCAGUGGAGGUGUGUGCAUUAACGACACGGCCAUGCACCUUGCGAAUCCCGCCCUUCCCUUCGGGGGCUCCGGGCCGAGUGGUUUCGGAGCGUACCAUGGGAAGCAUGGAUUCGACGAGCUCUCCCACAAGCGUGCCGUGAUGUCAAGGUCUCUUCGCCUAGAUGUCGAGCGCUUCCCGCCGUACAAAGACUUCUGGGUCAAGGUGCAGUGCAUGCUGGGCUGA